GGUGAUUCGGAUAGCCCUCUAGGUCCUCUACCUCCCAGCUUCCGUUCAUCACUACUUUUUGGGACACCUGUAUACUGUUUCCAAACUGUUUCCAAUGGUAAUUCGAAUUCGUGUCGUUUCCAUGACAACACAUAACGUCAACUUUGUACCGUGUAUUCUUAUAAACUUCUUUCCAAUAAUCAUUACGUAUAAUAAAUAAUACGUCUUAUGACUAACUAUUUUAACAAAAUUGAAAAUUAAUAUUUAAACGAUGUCAAUCGUGGAAAUUACACAACAUGAUGAAAUCAUAUACACGAUAUUGGAUGAACCUCCUCCUGAACCCCCCAAAACACCCAGAUAUGAGUCUAAAUUGGAAAAGCAAUUAAAAGAAACUAAGAUUCCUCCAACCCGCCGCGAUUUUGGAUAUGCUGAAACACCUCUAAAAAAACCUGAUCGGUUUUUGAAAAAAGGUGAGGGAAUUGGACAGCCCUUAAAAAAAUCGGACCAUAAAUGCUUUGUGUCUGGAAAUCUCCCUCCUGUUCCAAAACGUCCUCCACCCGGGAAGCACCCAGAAAAGCCUAACAUCAAUUUCAAAGUUGUAAAUAUUAAAAAGGCGAUAAAAACAAAACCUAAAGCCGUUGAGCCCAGACUAGUGGAUACUAGAGAUGGCCACGUAAAAAAAAUAAAAGGUUCAGGAGAAGUUCCAGAAUUCUGUUUACGACCUGAUUUUGGAAGAAUGCCUGCAUACUUAGUUAAAAGAAAUAGAAAAAAUCAGAGAGAAAUUGAGAAAAUUAGAUACGCUGAAGAACACAAGGAGAGCCUUUGUAAACUUAUUAAUGAAGAAGAACGAAAGAAGCUUUUGGAGGACCUUAAACACAAUUGGCAGAUGAUGCAGAAAGCUUUUCUACAACUGCCAAUGCUAACAGACACUAUUCCAAAAAUUCUUAAAAAAACAAAGAUGGAGCAAGAAUUGCGACAGCUCGAAAAGGAUAUAGCGCUCGUAGAAUCGAAUCCUUUCAUUUAUAUUUAUGAAUAAACCGACUAAUUUAUUGAGUGUUCCGUAAAUUAUGAUAAUUUUACUAGUUUUGAUAUUAAUUGGAAGUACACUCUCAUCAAAAUUACAAUUUUUACUCUAGGUGACUUGAUUCUAGUGAUAUUAUUGCGGUUACAACGGCAAAAAGUGCGAAAAGUUAUUUCCAGUUUAUUUAUAUUUCUUUUCUGUUGGCUAUUCAUGUGAGACUGAAUAAAAAUAUUUAA